AAUUGGACUUUAUUGCGCAUUCCCGUCCCGCUUUUCCAGGAUUCCUCAUUCCACCACCCCGCGUGAUAGGUCGCGCGCUAAUGGAGCAUUUUAAGCAACUUAAUAAGUAAAAAAAACAACAACAACGCGGGCUUUAUUUUACGCUUUUUAUCUAUUCAUCCAUUCAUUUGGAACAAUUGUCGUUUUUUUUUUGUUUGUUUUUUUUGCAAAAAAAUAUUUUAGCAAUUUUUUUUUAAACUUUUGGUAACAACCCGUUUAUAUAUUUCGCCGCAGGUUCGCAUAAAGUUUUGGCGAUGUCGAUAAAUUCAUUAGACGCGGUGAAGCGGAAGAUCCAGUCGCUGCAGCAACAGGCGGAUGAUGCGGAGGACAGAGCGCAAAUUCUGCACAGAGAACUGGACAAUGAACGAGAUCUGCGGGAGAAAGCAGAAGGGGAUGUUGCCGAUCUGAACCGCAGAAUCCAGCUGGUUGAAGAAGAACUGGACCAAACUCAGGAGAGACUGGCCACUGCGCUACAGAAACUCGAGGAAGCAGAGAAAGCAGCUGAUGAGAGCGAGAGGGGAAUAAAGGUUAUUGAAAAUCGUGCGAUGAAAGAUGAAGACAAGAUGGAAAUUCAGGAAGUGCAACUGAAAGAAGCCAAACACAUCGCAGAGGAGGCAGACCGCAAAUAUGAGGAGGUGGCUCGUAAGCUGGUGAUUUUAGAGGGUGAAUUGCAGAGAGCAGAAGAGAGAGCGGAGAUUUCUGAACUUAAAGGCGGAGAUCUGGAAGAGGAACUGAAAAAUUUAACUAAUAACCUCAAAUCUUUAGAAGCCCAAACAGAGAAGUACUGCGAGAAAGAGGACAGAAAUGAAGAUGAAAUCAAAGUUCUCUCUGAAAAGUUGAAAGAGGCGGAGACACGUGCCGACUUUGCAGAAAGAAAGGUGGCAAAUCUGGAAAAGACCAUCGAUGACCUGGAAGAGUGUCACGCUCAGGCAAAACAGCAGAAUCUGGAGAUGAAUGAAGUUCUGGAUCAAACACUUCAAGAGCUCAACAGCUUGUGAACGUGCAAGAGGAGGAAUCCGAAAAAAGAACGUUUCUGGUCGCCAAUCACUCCAAACCGUUUUUAUGUUUAUAUGUCAGGUGUUUUUGUGUUGUAUGUUAACUAUUACGUUCCAUAUUUUGGUUCUUAAGUUCCUAGUGAUUUCUUAAUGCACCUAUGUUAGUUAAAUAAAGUCACAUGACAUCUUUUUUCCAGUAUACAGGAAUGUUAUGGGUUAAAUACAAGUUGAUCACUAUCGACAGCAUCUGUGGCACAAGUUUAAAGAGAUAGUUCACUUAAAAUUAAAAUGAUCUCAUCAUUUACUCACCCUCAUGCAGAUUUUUAGAAGAAUAUCUCAGCUCUGUAGGUCCAUAUAAUGCAAGUGAAUGGUGACUAGAAAUUUGAAGCUCCAAAAAGGACAUAAAUGCAGCAUAAAAGUGAUCCAUAAGACUCCAGUGGUUUAAUCCAUGUCUUCUGAGAGAAUAUGAUAGGUGUGUGUAUUUGUGUGUGUGUGAGAGAUAGAGAGAGAGAGAGAGAGAGAGAACAGAUCAAUAUUUUAGUCCUUUUUUUAUAUAAUAAAUCUCCACUUUCACUUUCUUCUUUUGUUUUUGGUGAUUCCCAUUUUUUGUACAUAUCGCCACCUACUGGGCAGAGAUGAGAAUUAAUAUUAAAAAUGAACUUAAAUUUGUAUCUGUUUCUCACCCACACCUAUCAUAUUGCUUCAUAAGAGUCGUAUGGAUUACUUUUAUGCUGCCUUUAUGUCCUUUUUGGAGCUUCAAAGUUCUGGCCACCAUUCAGUGGCAUUGUAUGGACCUACAGAGCUGAAAUAUUCUUCUAAAAAUCUUAAUUUGUGUUCAGCAGAUUAAAUAAAGUCAUACACAUCUGGGAUGGCAUGAGGGUGAGUAAAUAAUGAGAGAAUGUUUAUUUUUCUGUGAACUGUCCCUUUAAGUUGUAUAUAACCCAGAAAAUCCCUUUGGUUUUAUUACAGUGUUCUAUGUUUUUGGUAUUAGGUUAAUAAUUGAUGUUUAUUUACCAUUAUUGCGUGUAAGAAAUAAGAAUAUGUCCCUUUUUAAUAACUAUAUACAUUUUGUAUUCUUUUAAUGCUGUUUACAUCAAAAGUAAAUGCUGUUUUGUUUAUUUAUUUUGUAGGAACAUGAGGGAUGUACGUUGUAACUAAGUUAGUAUUGCAAGAGCACAACAACAAAGGGUCAGUAAAUAAAUAAAUUGGCAUCUCACAUUUGUCUGUGUGCUUGUGUACACUAUAAGUGAGGUUUGGAAAAUGCUUGAGCAUUUAUGAAAAACAAUAUGUAGUUGAACGGGUAUUAGCCUAUGUAUUAGAACAUAAGGAUGUUAUUUUCCACACAUAAAUCUAUUAAUUCGUCAAUUAAAACCUUUUCUAUCCCUGGUGCCUGCAAAGUCUAUUUUCACUGUUGUUGUUUUUUACAAAUGUACACAUUCAUGAGAAUUACAUUAAACGUAAUAUUAGGAAUUAAGAUACGACACAAGAACCUGGAGCUAUGAGCUCUGUGAUGCUAAUUGCGAUGUUAACUGCUAUCACAUGUCGAAGAAAUGCCAUUAUUAUA